AUCAAUCAAUCAGUCACCUCCCAAUACAUCACUCUUCACAUCAGCCCGUCCGAUCGGCUACGGCUCACCUCGAGAUAUCUCCCACGCGACAGUCACACGUCACGUUUUCUGCUCACGCCUCGUCGCCUUCGCUGUUUCUCACCCCUUAGGAGACCACCCCCGGAGGUCGUGUGUCUUCCUCCUGCUUCGACCUCUCCCUCUCCGUCCUCAUUCACGUCAACGUCCACAAUGUCGCCAUCAUCACAAACAUCGAGACCGCUCUCGUUUGCGGCCCUUCUCACACUCUCAUCGCUGGUUCCUGCGUCAUGGGCCAUGGACUGCAGCGAUAUUCUCACCAACAAAGUACACUUCAACUUCAAAGAGCUCGGCGGACCCCACAUCGUGCACUGGAGUCGGACGGACAUAGAAGCCGACGUCAAAUACAAUUACAACUUCACUCUCGACAUAUGUGAUUUUCUGAAACAUCACAAAGGUGGUGACAAGCAUAAGGAAUGCCAGCACGGUGCCAGGGUUUGCGGCAUCCGUGAAAACGUCGACCUCUCCGGCACUAACAACGCCACCAUCACCCCCAUCGACAUCGCCGGCUCCUUCAAACUCCACGGCAACGGCCGCCCUAUGGACGAAAAGUAUACUCGCUUAAAGGAUUCCAAAUCCAAUGCCGAUAGCGACAAAGAAGGCGUGCGCAUCGAGCUGCACGGAGGCCGAUUCCCCGCUGACGACAAGAAGAACGGCCUCGACCAGCGCGCCAUCAUUGAGUUUGUCUGUGAUCCGGAUCGCUCGGGUCUCGAGGGCGAGGAGAAGGACGGCGGCGAGUACGAGAAAGACGAUGGUGAUGAUGAUAAAAGCGAGAAGAAGUUGGUGCGUCGGGCGGAUAAAUGUGAGGAUUCAGAGAACAGUCUGCGGUUCUGCGGGUACGAGACGGAAAAACCAAAGGACAAAGAAGUACAAACUUUGCGUCUGGAAUGGCGCACAAAGCACGCUUGCGAACAGGAUGCGCCUGAAGAGUCGUCGAGCAGUCAUUGGGGAUUCUUCACCUGGUUCAUCAUCAUAUUCUUCCUUGCAACUGCAACAUACCUCAUCUUUGGCUCCUGGCUUAAUUACAACCGCUACGGCGCCCGCGGCUGGGACCUUCUCCCCCACGGCGACACCAUCCGCGAUAUCCCUUAUAUCCUCAAGGACUUUGGAAGAAAGGUUGUGAACUCAACGCAGGGUGGAGGUAGUCGUGGUGGAUAUAGCGCUGUAUAA